AUGGCUACCCAAGUGUUAAUUGCCCACACGGGCCAGCGUCUCGCAAUCGACAAUUCGCAGUUCUCAACCAUCGAAGAGUUGAAGAUACUGGUCUCCAGAAAUGUCUCGGUACCGCCCGAGCAGAUGGUUGCUCUGACUCCGCAAGGUCGCAGUGUCAAGUCAGCAAGUCUCCACGCUGAAAAAGAGCUAUAUAUUUACGACAUCCGCGUAGCCCAAGCAUCACCGUCCGCCGACGAGCCGCCGAAUGUUUCCGAUCCAUCUCUUCCGCCUCGGCUAUUGGUGCAAAACGCACCAAACUUAAUAGAAGAUGUACAAACCAUUUCGUCAUGGCAGAAGUUGUAUCAGGAACGGCGCUCCUGGGCUAUCAGGCUGGCUGAAGAUUGCGCUCGGCUAAAUUCAGAGGCCAUAGCUCGAUACGACGAGAUGGAUGCCAUAAUCAAGUGCCUGGACGCCGCUGUCGCCAAUCUGGAAAUCAGUGUCAAGCAAAUUGAGCCCAAGUAUCAUGAUCUGAAAAAAUGGGUGGAGCCUGCAUUGUUGGAGCACGAAAGGCUAGCAUCGAUGUGGGAGCAGCACAUCGGUUUGGCUCGCAACACGCCUGUUUCUCCGGCAAUGGUCAAGUUUAUGACGAAAAGAGAGGUUCCCAAGGGACAAGUAACCUUGGAGAAUCUCAUCGAGCUUGAAACGGCCCAAAAGGCCGGAAAGCUUGCUCCUACUGCUAAACGUCGAUUCAGCGACAAGGCUGCUCGUCUGGACGAGCUUGCGUCGCAAAUGUACAGGGGGCUAGAAGAACUCAUCGCCAACUUUGAAAAAGUAAUGAACCGAUCUGUUUUGGGUCAUAGCAACGAUUCUGCUCAACUCCUUGAAGAUAUAGAGGCCCUUGUCAAUCAGAUUGACUCCGAUUACCGCACCAUCCUCGGAUACAGCGGCUCCCAGCGAGAUCUUGCGCAAGCGUCCAAGAUGGCAUCCAUCCACACCGAACGUUUAGUUCCAUCUCUCAGGAAGCGUGCCAAAGAGAUGGAUGAACUUGCUCAAUAUGCAACUACGGCUCGAAAUGCGAUUGCAUCCGAGUCCGUUAGCUCCAUGCGCGAUAUUACCAAUGUCACGUCGCUGCAUAGCAACGUUCGAAGCCAGAUCAAUGUGCUUAACCAGGCCGAGGAUGACAUGACCACAUUCGACUACCUACGUCUUAUUCAGCAACUACCUUACAUGUAUGUGUCGUUUCUGGUCGAAGCCAUCCGCCGGCGGGAAUGGGUUGAUAAGGUCAAGACAGACUCGUCCACGCUCGCCAAUGAAAUGGCUCUUUUCCAGGAUGAAGAGUCCAAAAGACGGAGGAAGUGGCACAAGAUGGUCGGUAGUAUGUAUGGGCCGGCCCUAGACACCAACGUGAUUGGUCUGGAGGUAAAUCUCCUUGGUGAAGACGUCCCAUGGCCACCAAUCACCAGAGAUGAGCUGAAUGUCUUUGUCCGUUCUCUGCAAGAUCAGGACGUCGAUCAGGCCGUAUUGAACGACAUCGAAAAGGUUGUUCAGGAGCUGCACAGUCCUACAAAGCAACAGUCAAAGCGACUCAAGGCCUUCAAGAACGGCAGCGUCCAUGAAGCUGCCCUUGGCAAAAGCGGGCUGAUGAUCCGUGGGGACGAUGACCUUCUCAGGUCACUACAAGACGACAAGUCCAAGAUGGAGAGCAAACUGCGAACAGCGGAGAGUCGGGUGAGACGUCUAGAAGACUUGCUGCAUCGGCAGAGCCAAGCAUCGCGACCGAGCAAUCUCUUUCAACCUCAGAAUCAGCCGCGCGAGAGACGCGACUCGACUUCAUCUGUCAGGUCGAACCGCCUCGGUGACCGCCGACGCUCCUCCGAUGGCGCCGAUCCCCUGCUGCGAAGAAUUGCACAGUUGGAGAACGAGCUCCGGGAGGAGAGGCAACGGUCUACCCGCAUACAGAAGGACAUCGGUGUCCGAGCCACAGAGCAUGACCACAUGAAGACUCAGAUUCAGGAGGCCAAUUCAACUAAGAAGGAUCUGCUGGAAAAUAUGGAGGCUUUGAAGCGCGAGUUCGUGGAUGAAAGAAAGUCACUGGAGGGGGAAAUCAAGACGCUAAAGGCCCAACUGGAAGACAAUGAAGACGACAUGGAGCAUUUUGACGAAUCUCGCGAGAAGGAAAAGGCAUCUUUCGAUGCAAAGAUUCAAGAGCUCGAAGCACAAAUGCUGAAUUUGGCAGAGCAAAAGGCCGGCGAAGUUCUGAAAGCGCAGGGACAGGUUGAUUCCCUCCUCAAAGAAGCACAGACGCAACGCGAACGGAUAGAAUUACUCGAGAAACAGUGCAGGGAAGCUCAAGAUGAGAGACAAUCGCUGCUUCAAAAGUUGCAAGCUGCCCAGCAUAUAGCCGACAAGCAGCUCGACUCGUUGUGCAAGAUUCACAGCGAAGUUUUGCCCGGUGAAUCUGUUCCGACAGAUGUUGCAGACCUUGCAGAAUCUUCUGUCUCGCAGGUUGCCAAGAUGAUUGCCAAGCUGCGGAAUAUGGAGAGUGAUUACGCACCGGUCCAGGCGAAUCUGGAUCAUGCACUGCUGGCGAUAGAGCAGCUCAACGGAGAGCUGAGAGGAACGCAAUCCGAGCUUAGAAAUAAGGAGGACGUCGUGGCCCAGCUUCGUGAACGUGCCUCGGAGGAGGAGGCUAGAGUGUCUGCGCUCGAGAAAGAACUCGCUCAUGGUAGGAAUGAGCUCAGCCAGUUGCGUGCACAGCUUUCGGCUGGUGAGACUGGCUCAGAAACACUGCAGAAGAAACUCGAAUCAGGGGAGGAGAAGAUAGGUCAACUGGCCGAGGAACUUGCAUCUCGCCAAAUCAGGCUCGGCAGCCUCGAGGACGAGCUCGACUCAGUCAAGCAGAGAUGCGAAGAAGUGCAAACGCAAUCAACCGCUUUGACAGCACAGUACGAGGCGCGAGACAGUCGAACCAGCGAUCUCACCCAGAGGCUGUAUGCACAGAGCGAUAGAUUAACCCGUUUUCUCGAGCGCUGCGGAUAUGCAGUUGAGAGAAAAUCCGGAGCCAUGGUUAUCAGCAAGGUUCCCCGGUCGGAACGAGUCACGCAGAACGCUAAUGAUUCGUCAGAUGCGGGAAAUUCGGUUCGACGGUCGAUCAGUUUGGCCAAGUCGACGGGAGACGGUGCGGAUCUGGAAUUACUGUACUGGAUGAAGGAGAGAGACUCGAUGAGCGAAGCAGACAGGUACUCGGCAUACUUGGACAAACUGGGGUCAUUCGACAUGGACGCCUUCUCCGACACAAUAUACACGAGAAUCAAGGAGGCUGAGCACAAGGCCCGCAAAUGGCAGCGUGAGGCUAGAGCUUACAGAGAUCGGGCACAUGCCCACCAAAAGGAUGCCUACGACAAGAUUGCAUUCAAAAAUUUCAAAGACGGCGACUUGGCCUUGUUCCUGCCGACGCGAAAUCAACAAGCAGGAGCAUGGGCGGCCUUCAACGUGGGGUUCCCCCAUUACUUUUUGCGCGAACAGGAUUCACACCGUCUGCGGCAUCGGGAGUGGCUCGUUGCCAGGAUUUCCCGCAUCCAGGAACGAGUGGUUGACCUUUCUAAGAGCCUCCAGCCAGCGGCGGAUUCCGAGUCGAUGAAUGAGGAUGAGAAUGACAAUCCGUUCCAGCUGUCAGACGGGCUACGGUGGUAUCUCAUCGACGCGCAGGAAGAUAAAGUGGGCGCACCAUCCACUCCUGGAAUGGGGAAGUCGACCGUUGCUGCCAAUAACGUUGAGGCGACGGCCAACAUCCAGUCACUUCCUAUCAAGGGCAAGGCAAAGAACCGAGAUAGCAUCGCCAGCAUUGAGGGCAUCAACAAGACACUGUCGAAGAGCUUGGACAGCAGACGUAGCAGCUCUGGGUCGAAGAAGGCCUUGCCCUUUGCAGGCUCUGGCGGCACAGCCUUGCUGAAGAGCAGUGCCUUGGCCAGUGAAACAAACUCUCUUCGAGCGGUGGCACCAGACUCGCCUGCCGGAACCAGUCCCGUUCAUGGAGGACCCCUGGGCAGCGGCCAGCUUCAAGUUGCCGGCUCAGCAGGGGUUGACGGGAAAGAAGCGCUUUCGGCAACAGCGGGAGAUGACAGAUGCGGCCCCCGGGCUGAGGGGCCAUCGGUACAAGGAGGCUCUACGAAGUCCUCUGAGGUACGAAAAGUAGACUCUCUGCUUGGGCCUUGA